AGACACAGUUGCUCAUUUUUAAAUAAUUUUUAAGUUUUUAUUUAUUUUCAUAACUUACGGUAAUUCCAAAGAAGGUGACGCUUUUAAAGUGAACCUUCGUUUGUCUAUCGAUGUUUUAUUUCACAAUUAUAUCACUAACGACAAGUGUCAUUCUUCGGGAAGAAAAGAACUAAAAAAGUAUAUUAUUGUACUUAUGACAGUUUUAUCUGCAUUAAUCUAUUAUAUCGCUUUUAAAACAAUGCAAUGUGAAUGUUUCAGUCGUCUAUUUUUUGGAAUCUAUUGGAGGAUUCUAUAUGACAAGGUAUUUAUGAGGUUACAAUAUGUCAAACCAAAGCUCUGUGAAGCUAAAAAUGUUGCGUUGACCGCAAUUUUUGUUGCAAUUCUUAAUUUCAGCGCUACAAUUCUUCCGUUUGUGCACUUGUUGAGUGCUAUUGUAUCAAUAGAAAAGCAAUUUCAAAUUUCCAGUACAGUUUCUGGACUUAUGGUGUCAGCUGGAGAUUUUGGUUACAUUCCAGCAGUACUUUUUGUUAGCUACUUUGGUGGUAAGGGCAACCGCGCACGAUGGAUUGGGAUGGGAUGUAUGAUUAUCGCAAUAGCCAACAUCAUUAUCGGUUCCUCUCAUUUUCUGUUUCCAGUCAAGAUUCCUCAACUUGACUCCUCGUCUGUUGGUAUGGUCCACUUUUUUGUAGUGCACAACUUGGAAAUAAGUUCUGAACGACUAAACCAGUCUUUAACAGUUGCCUCUUUCAUUGAGUACACAAAAAGGGAUAAAACUAUAUUAAACGUUACUCAGGUUGAAGAUGCAUUUUCUCAAUUACAGACGAAUAAAUCGUUAGCAGCUUAUAAUGAAGAAAUUCUAGGAAGAUGUAAAAGCCGGAAAAUAACAACAGAAAUUUGCUUUGCUUAUUAUAAUUAUUUGCAUGAAGUUAAUAGUCCAACAGAAGAUGAAGUUUCGAGAACAAGAAUUUUCUCUGGCUUUCCAUUUGCUGUUUGCAGUCCCUUAGUCAACAGUCUGCGUCGUCAGGUUGAAAAUCUCCACUGUUUUAAAACCUCCUCAAAUCUGAAACCUGUUGCAUUAAUUUUUACGGGAUUACUCUUUCUUGGCGUUGGACGCACUAUGCCGUUUUCUCUUGGCUUACCUCUUAUAGAUGAUAAUGUCAGGCAAAAAAAUUUGCCGGUCUAUUUUGCAAUCUUAUUUUUUAUUCGAAUUCUUGGUCCAGUGCUUGGUCUCUUUAUUGGAAGUCAUGUCAACAAAAAAUAUUAUACAGAUGAAAAGCCUCCCGGAAUCACUCCACAAGAUCCAAUGUGGAUUGGACGGUGGUGGCUUGGGUUUUUCAUCAUUGGAGGAACACUUUUUCCUCCAUCAUUUCUUCUGUUUAUUUUCCCCUUACUUGUGAAAGAAAGAAAGAGAAGCAAUGCAAGUGGAGAAGACAGGAAAGAAGAAGGCGAAGACAUUUCGCUUACAAAACAAACAAAUAGAGAUCGAAGCCUAGCGAUGGUUGACAGAAAUGUGCGUCCUGAAGAAGAAAAAUUGAAGUUAUCAGCAAUAAUUCGUGAAAUUUGGGAAAAGGUUAAGAGAAUGCUUAGUCGACCUGUUUUUACUGGAGCUUUGAUCGGACGAAUCAUAGACGUUUUCGCUUUUAAAGGAUUCUUUGUCUUUCUUCCAAAAUAUAUUGAAAUUCAAUUUGAUGUUCCCCAAUAUCAAAUAAGCAGAUGGAUGGGACUGCUUGGUGUCGUUGGCUUCGCGUUAGGUUCGUUUGUGGGCAGUUCCGUAAUGCGAAAGUUCGAACUUCAAGGUCGAAAAGCUGCUGCUUGGGUAGCUGCGUGUUCUUUGUUAGCUGCUCUUUUUACUUUCGCGAAUGCAACUGUUGGAUGCAGCAAUGUUUAUGACUCACUUAUUAAAACCGCAGAUGGCAAAGUAAGAACGUUUAAUAACAUCUGUAAUAAUAACUGUUCCUGCGCUGAUGUACCUCUGUAUCCGGUUUGUAACUCAGAAGGCUUGCCAUUUUACUCGCCUUGUCAUGGCGGCUGCCGAUACUUUUUUGGAACUGCGACGUACAGCAACCUUACCGUAAUGAAUUCUGACUUAAUUGUGUUUGAAAAUUGUCGGUGUUCUGCUACAGAGGACAAAAAGCUUUCACGAAGUUUUUGCAGUAGAACUGAAUGUGACAAAAAGUUUCAUUAUUAUUUGAUGAACAUGCUAUUUUCUGGCUUCUCCGCCGGGCUAAGCGUAAUUCCAGCUGUUCUUAUUAUGCUCAGGUCGGUUGAUAGCGAGGACAGAAGUAUUUCAUUAGGUUUCCAGGGCCUACUUGUCACUAUGUUGGCAACGUUCCCGUCUCCGAUAUUUUGGGGGCGAAUAAUUGACUCAUCCUGUGUUCUUUGGGGUUCAGUAUGUAGCAAAUCCUCUACCGGUGCCUGUUCCAUUUAUUACAAUGAAAAACUCCGCAUUUGGUUUCACUUAACUUACGCAUUUCUAAGAUUAUUAUCAUUGACAACCGAUUUGUACGUACUUUACCAUGCAAAAGGUCUUGUCAUAACAGACGAUGAGAAGGAGAAUGAAAAAGAAAAAGACAUAUCAGAGAAAGAGAAAUCAGCGGAAGAAGUUAAGACUCAGAAGAGUAGUAAUGAACAAGAACCAAAAGAAAUGCUUUAUCCAGCUCCAAAGAAGAAUCAACUGCUUUAG